CUGUAAAUUGCACCGUUAUUAGAAGUGUACAUAUGUUUACGUGCUUUUAAUAACUACCUGCCAUGCACUGAUAUGCUACUGCUAGUAAUAGUAACAUUAAUAUUUACUAAUACACGUAGCUUCAUUUCACAUCUCCGUUUCUUAUUAAACCAGAGGAGCACAUACUUCAAUUAAAGUACACGGUAUUGCAUUUUGAAAUCUAGUAUUUACAUAUGAGUGUGUUUCGGGUUCAAAACUGUAAUCGCAAUCAUCCGGGAAGUAUCCAGUGGAACACGGAGUCACUCGUGUUGCUGCGUGUCUCCUUGUCUCCACGUGUCCUGCGCUUCCUCUGCAUUAAGGUCCGGUCUCAGCGAUGGGGCUGCUCUCUGACCCGAACCGGAGACGAGCUCUGAUCAGUCUGGUGACCCGGCUCAACACACCUCUUUGUGUUCUAUGUUACCUGGUUGGUGUCUCCUGGUUCAUGGGGCUGGCAUUUGAGCCCUUCAUGCUGCGCACCUACAUGUCUGAGAAUGCCAUGGGCUCCACUAUGGUGGAGGAGAAGUUUGUGUUUGGAGAGCGAGCCAUCUCCUACACCAGGGAGUUUGCCGGGCAGAAGAAGAAGACUGGUGGUAUGCCGGUGGACUGGCUGGUGAAGACUAUGAAGUCUCGCGGGCUGGAAGUCUACACUCAGAGCUUCUCCCAGACCCUGCCCUUCCCUGACGAAGUCAAGGAGAGAUAUAUGGUGCGAGGCACGAAUGUGUACGGAAUUCUGCGGGCUCCCAGGGGCCCCCGCACUGAGUCCAUUGUGCUGAGCGCCCCCUGCAGCGAGGGCAACAACAACAACCAGGCCGUGGGACUGCUGCUCGCCCUCGCCUCAUACUUCAGGAGUCAGAUCUACUGGGCUAAAGACAUCAUCUUCCUGGUCAACGAGCACGACCUCAUCGGAACAGAGGCGUGGCUAGAGGCCUAUCACGAUGUCAACAUGACAGGUUUGAGAUCAUCACCUAUGCAGGGUCGUGCUGGUGCUAUCCAGGCCGCCCUGUCUCUGGAGUUGAGCAGUGAUGUCAUCACCAGCAUGGACGUGGCGAUCGAAGGGUUAAAUGGGCAGCUCCCAAACCUGGACCUGGUCAACUUGUUUUACGCAUUCUGCCAGAAGACAGGUGUGCUCUGCACCAUCCAAGGCAAGCUCCAGCGCAAUGACUGGAACACUCUACCUGGCUACACCCACUCUCUGAGCACCAUGCUGCUGAUGGUUCUGAAGCAGGGCUCUGGUCGUCCUCAGGGUGACCACGGCUUGUUUCUGCGCUACCACAUCGAGGCUGUCACAAUGAGAGGGAUCAACAGCUUCAGACAGUACAAGUUUGACAUGACGACUGUCGGCAAGCUGAUCGAGGGGAUGUUUCGGAAGCUCAAUAACCUCCUGGAGCGUUUCCACCAGUCCUACUUCUUCUACCUGAUGCCCUCGCUCACGCGCUUCGUCUCCAUCGGAUACUACAUGCCUGCCUUCGGCUUCCUGGCACUCAUACUGGUGCUGCGCGCGCUGGACCUAUGGGUUCAGCUGAGCGACUCUGCCAGACCCCUGGAGGACGGGGCCAGUGAGGGGGAGCAGGACUCCAGCCCCAGCCUGCUGACUCUAGCCACCCCAGUGAUAAUCUGCCACUUGACUGGUCUGGCACUGUACUACCUGCCAGUGCUGAGUCAGGAGAUGGCUAUCCAGCACUUCCCUGUGUCCGAGACUGAGGCUGUAGUGCUGACUGCCAUCGCUAUCUACGUGGCUGGACUCGCACUGCCCCACAACACACACAGGGUCCUGUCUGGUGCAGGUACAGAGAGAGGCUGGCGCUCUCUCAAGUUGUUCUCGCUUCUCUACCUGGCUGUGCUCCUUGGCUGCACCACGCUCAUUAACUUUUCUCUGGGCUUCAUCCUAGCCGUCACCAUGAUUCCUGUCACAGCCUUCAUCCAGCCACACAGGUCCAGUAAGGUCCUGCACGGCGUGGCUCUGAUCCUGGUCAGCCCAGCCACGACUCUGCUGCUGUCCAUAUACCUGUACCACGAGCUCAUAGAGUACCCUGUCACCCUGCUGGAGUGCUGGCAGCACUUUCUCACCGCAGUGUCCCAGGGCAUCCUUGACCACCACCUGUAUGGCUCUCUCCUUUACCCCCUCAUCGCCCUCUUCAUCUACCCCUGCUGGCUACAGUUCUGGAACAUUGUCUUCUGGAAGUAGGCGGCUCCACUGACCAGGGAGGCACUGUGUUCUAGUGGUUAGAGCUGUGACUGGGAGGGAGGGAGGCAGUGUGGUCUAGUGGUUAGAAUUUAGACCUGCAAACAAGCCCCAUGCCCAGAGUGUAUCUGGUUUGACUGGUCUUUAACUGUUGGCAUCCAAGGAGACCUCACAGCUGCUCAAACUGGGGUGUGCCCAAACCAGGAGCCUGCAAUGGAGCACACACUCCCAGCUAACCCGGCCACUGUUUAAUCCACAUGACACAAGAGUGUCCAUUUGGCUCCCUGGAACCUUUUUGACAGUGAAGGUUUUUCCAUCGUAAAACAUUCAGGUCUCUUUUAGAGAAGCAGGACUACGAUUAUGGAAAUGCAUUGCGAUGUGAAAGCCUGAACUGUCCCAUUGAUCAGGAAUCCAUAUGGUCUCUCAACACUAGAGGAAGCAGCUUUCUUGAUCUAUUAUCUUUGUAUUAUUUCUGAACUGUGGGCUUCGCAAAAUGGCCUCCAUGGGGUUUUUUUUGUUUUGUUUCCGUAAUUUUUUCUAACUUAACAAUCAAUAAAAUAAUUAAACAGUAA